CCAGAUGCCCCUUAAAGUGCUUUUUUUAAAAAAAGUGAAAUAAUUAACUGUAUUUCAGAGAAGAAAUCCCUGUCAUGCAUGAUUUUUUUCUUUACAGUACAGGUCUUAACAUUUCGUUUUUUAAAAAUAUUAAGCAUCAUAGCAGUUUAUUAGAGUGCUUUGCAGUAGUUCAAGCAAGCUAUUUUUCCUUAAUUGCUGUGUUAUUGCUCUUUUCCAAUUUGAAUAUGAAAUUGAAUCAGCUCCCUAUGUCUCAUGUUUCCCUAACUCUUCCUAAAUUCAACAAAUUCCUUUGCUGGUUGUUGUUGUUGUUGUUGUUGUUGUUUACAAAAGCAUACAGGUGAUUUCUUUGGCCUUAACUCCUCUUUCCUGCCCUAUGAAGAUGCAAGUUAUUUUAGCAUCAAAUGCCUCAUCUCUUAUUGAACUGAUUCAACCCCAAUAGGAAGGUCAGAAGAGAAGUGUACCAAGCAGCAUACAUCCUGACCCUCAGGCCUUGUCCCUAUUCCAAAUGUGUUUGGUACAUUUGGAACAUUAACGCUGAAUGAGUUUUUAACAUUCUUUCUGUAUAUUCAUAGUUCCGUAAAAGUGAAAUUAUUGAAAUGUGAGAGCCCAAUGUUCGGACUGCAUGACCAUAGACCACUUGAUGAUACUGUUCACAUCAUUUGAAAAAGAAGGAAAGAAAAAAUAUUAGGUUGAUAUUAGGAAAAUGUAUAUGUAAAAUUAGAAAUGUUUCCCCUUUGAACAAAUUAAAAUUGUAUUAUGUUAAUUCCCCUAAUAGUUUCAAAUAACAAAGUUUAGUAUAUUUUCAUAGACUUUCAUCUUGUUUAGUGGUAUUACUUAACUAGGUUAAAUGUAUUGAUGAUGAUUACAGGUUGAUUUUUCCUUAGCUUUCCUUAGAGCUUUUGACAUUUUCUCUCAAUAUUUAAUCCUUUGUCAUCAGGGUAUAAGAGGCACCUAAAGAACUAAGUUUUGUUUUUUAUUUUUUGAAGAACUAAGUUUUAAGUUCCCCUUAAAGCAAUAAAAAUAGCACAAUUGUUACUUCUGUUUAAUAACCCUCUUUGCUUUUCCACUCUAUGUCAAUGUUGGAACCAAAAUUUACUGUCUGAUUAGUAUUCAAUAUUUUUACACAGGCACUCUCAGGAAAGGGCCUAGUGUGAUUUCACCAAUGAGACUAAUAGCCAAUAAAAUACAAGAUUUCUUGGUUAUCAUUUGAUUGUGCAAUCAAUUUUUUUAAAUUUUAAUAAAAUACUUCAGUUGGACAGGAUCUUAGAAAUUAAUUAACUCUCCCCUCAGUGCAACAGUCCCUGCUAGCAACAUCUCUGCUAGCUGGCAUCUUGACCUUGCUUGAGUCUUUUCCAUUAUAGGACAGCUCUACAUAGUAGGAAGGUCAUUUACCUAAAUCUCCCUCCCUAAACACAUACACCUAUAUGCUUACAUCCUAUUCCAUGAAGCCACACCAAGCAUUUAUUUUGACAUUUUGUUAUACACGGUAAUUAUCUGUGGUAGUAUAAAUAAAGGAAUACAGAUUAAGUGGAUCUACCUGAAAGAAAAUGAUGAAACUCUAGUUAGGUUGACGAGGAGGUAGAGGGCUGUUUGAUUUUUUCUCAAUGGACUGUCAGAAAAGAAAGAGUAUCUGAUUGUGGACUAGAUUAAAUACACUUCUAGGGAAUCAUUUUCUGAUCUGAGCUGGUCAAAUGGAGGUAAAGGAGGGGCUGCUGCAUCUGAAAUAACAUAUGUUCGUGAAGACAAGAAAAUUAAGUUUAAAUGCAUUUCAUAGUAAGUAUUUUAGAUGAAAGCAUAAUGAAUGAGGCAAAGCAUAAGCGGACAUUUUUAGGUACAGACCAUUUUUAGGAAACACGUCUAAGAUUAGGCCACUAAAGGGAGUGUUCUUCUUGCUUCGUGUUUCUGUCUCUUAGGGGGCCAUGGUGGAAAAUGGUGAGGCAGCCUGUAAAGUAGGAAGCGCCUGUACUUGUUGAAGAGCGGGUCCUGUGGGUAGAGCACUGACACGCGAAGGGGUGAAAAGGAAGACUGGGUCUCAUUGGGACAGAAGAACACAGACCGAGUGUCAGUCACUCCAUUCUGAUCUUCUUAAUGCGUUGCCACUUGAUGAUAACUACUGAAAGCUGCACUGUUUUCUUCUUUUUAGCUAGAAUGGGUACUAGGAAAAAAGUUCAUACCUUUGUCCGUGUCAAACCCACCGAUGACUUUGCUCACGAAAUGAUCAAAUACGGAGAUGACAACAAAAGCAUUGAUAUUCACUUAAAAAAAGAUACUCGGAGAGGGGUUGUCAAUAACCAGCAGACAGACUGGUCGUUCAAGCUGGAUGGAGUUCUCCACAAUGCCUCCCAGGACUUGGUUUAUGAGACGGUCGCAAAGGACGUGGUUGCUCAGGCUCUUGACGGAUACAAUGGUACCAUCAUGUGUUAUGGGCAGACGGGAGCCGGCAAGACAUAUACCAUGACAGGGACAACUGAGAAUUACAAGCACCGGGGGAUCCUUCCUCGUGCCCUACAGCAGGUUUUUAGGAUGAUUGAAGAACGCCCCACACAUGCCAUCACUGUGCGUGUUUCCUACCUGGAAAUUUACAAUGAGAGUCUGUUUGAUCUCCUGUCCACUCUGCCCUAUGUCGGACCAUCAGUCACACCAAUGACCAUCGUGGAAAACCCUCAAGGGGUCUUCAUUAAGGGCUUGUCAGUCCAUCUUACAAGUCAGGAGGAGGAUGCAUUCAGCCUCCUUUUUGAGGGAGAGACCAACAGGAUUAUAGCCUCCCACACAAUGAAUAAAAACUCAUCCAGGUCGCACUGCAUUUUCACCAUCUAUGUGGAGGCUCAUUCGAGGACCUUAUCAGACGAAAAGUACAUCACUUCCAAAAUUAACUUGGUGGAUCUAGCGGGCUCAGAAAGGCUGGGAAAGUCUGGGUCUGAGGGCCGAGUCCUGAAGGAAGCCACCUACAUCAACAAGUCGCUGUCAUUCCUGGAGCAGGCCAUCAUUGCCCUCGGGGACCAGAAGCGGGAGCACAUCCCCUUCCGGCAGUGCAAGCUUACCCACGCCCUCAAGGACUCAUUAGGGGGAAAUUGCAAUAUGGUUCUCUUGACAAACAUCUAUGGAGAAGCCGCCCAGUUAGAAGAGACGCUGUCUUCACUGCGGUUUGCCAGCAGGAUGAAGCUGGUCACCACUGAGCCUGCCAUCAACGAAAAGUAUGAUGCUGAGCGAAUGGUCAAGAACCUGGAGAAGGAGCUGGCACUGCUCAAGCAGGAGCUGGCCAUCCACGACAGCCUGGCCAACCGCACCCUUGUGAACUACGAUCCCAUGGACGAAAUCCAGAUUGCUGAGAUCAACUCCCAGGUGCGGAGGUACCUGGAGGGGACACUGGACGAGAUUGAUAUAAUCAACCUCAGACAGAUCCAGGAGGUGUUCAACCAGUUCCGGGUGGUUCUGAGCCAACAGGAACAGGAAGUGGAAUCUGCUUUGCGCAGGAAGUAUACCCUCAUAGAUAAGAAUGACUUUGCAGCCAUUUCUGCGGUCCAGAAGGCAGGGCUUGUGGACGUUGAUGGCCACCUAGUAGGUGAGCCUGAUGGACAAGGCUUCGGACUCGGGGUCACCCCUUUCUCUGCCAAACCUGGGAAGAAAUCCAAGUCCAAGAAGACAUUCAAAGAGCAGCUCAGCUCCUCAGCAAGAAAGGAAGGUGCCAGCAGCCCUGUGAGUGGCAAGGAGUUGGAUGUCUCUACGUCCAAGACCCAGCUGACCCCAUCCUCCAAGGAGGGGGAUGUCAAAGACAUGACUAUACGGGAACGGGAGACCUCCAGCAUUGAGCCCCUUCCUUCAGACUCCCCAAAGGAGGAAUUACGCCCACCCAGGCCCAGUACCCCACCCCCCAAACCUGUGGCCUUCGAGGACUUUAAGAACGAGCGAGGCAGUGAGAUCAACCGCAUCUUCAAAGAGAACAAAUCCAUCUUGAACGAGCGGAGGAAAAGGGCCAGCGAGACCACACAGCGCAUCAAUGCCAUCAAACGGGAGAUGGACGUGACCAAGGAGGCACUAAAUUUCCAGAAGUCACUCCGGGAGAAACAAGGUGAGUAUGAGAACAAGGGGCUGAUGAUCAUCGAUGAGGAGGAAUUCCUGCUGAUCCUGAAGCUCAAAGACCUCAAGAAGCAGUACCGUACUGAGUAUCAGGACUUGCGAGACCUCAGGGCAGAGAUCCAGUACUGCCAGCACUUGGUGGAUCAGUGUCGUCACCGCCUGCUCACAGAAUUUGAUAUCUGGUACAACGAGUCCUUCUUCAUCCCCGAGGACCUACAAGUGGCACUGAAGCCAGGCGGCAGCAUCCGGCCAGGCAUGGUGCCUGUCAGCAGGAUCAUGUCCCUGGGAGAAGAUGCCCAGGACAAGUUCAGCCAGCUGCAGCAGGUACUGCUGCCCGAGGGCCCUGACUCCGUCGCCUUCUACAAUGCCAAAGUCAAGACAGAACAGAAGCACAAUUACUUGAAAACCAUGAUGGGCCUCCAGCAGGCACACAGAAAAUAGGGAUUCAUCACCAGUGCCUUCAAGGACAAGACCCCCAGUAACUCCUGCUGCUCUGGAGUGGGGCUGCCAAACCCCUUGCCCAGAGUUCCAGACAGCCUGCUCCAAUGCUGGAGCCCAGCCCAGAGGACUCACAAUGGCCUGCCUCCCAACAGGAACAUCCUUCACAGGACACUCAUCUUCACAGACCACUUUUGGUUUCAAUUCACUGUUUUAUAUGCAGGGACAGGAUAAAAUAAUUUUCUAGCUUGGACGUUCAGUGCUCACUCAAGAGCCUGAUUUUAUUUCCCGUCAGGAGGAUGCUUCCCUAUGCACAGGUGGGGUCAGAACCGAGUCUCCGGUAAGAAAGGGAAAAAGUAGCUCAGCCACCUUCCUCUGGCAUGCCUUUGUCCCACUGGUCACCCUCUUUCCUUCCUUGGAUGGGCAUUCUUGGGGGGAGCUAGUUCUGAGGAGCCCUGGUUCUCUCAGUCCCUGUCAGACUGUAGGUUCUCUUGGGACAUCCUCUCUGUGUUCCUGAGCCAGUGAAAGCGGGAGGCCCUCCUUCCUCAGCAACCAGCAGAGGAAUGGGUCUAGGUGGAAAUGGCUGAAAGGCAGAUUUUUAUCUCAGAAUAAGAAGAGGCUUAAAAUGAGCACAGCCCUACCUGAAGUUAGCAGCAAUAGCCCCACAGUGGGAGGCUGUCUGGCAAGGAGGUUGCAGACCUGUACCAGAUAGAAGGUUGAACUGGAUGGCAUCAGUCUAUUCAAACACUCGGUGACCCUGUCUCAGCCCAGCAGUGAGCAGAUGGAUGGGGGUUUGUGGAACAGAGAAAGUAGAAAGGCAUCCGUGAGGUCUCUGCCCUCUUCCUCUUCAGCCCCUUUCACUUUCACUGACUGAUACAUAAUGGUCCUAAAACAGCUUUCAGAGGCUCCUACUACACCGAGGCUUCGCAGAGCGGCUUUGAAGUGCCCCCGCUCCCUCACCCUGGAUGACACACAUGGGGACUGUCACUGAUCGGCACUAAUGGUGUGCACACAGCCCUACUGGUCAGUCCUCAUGUCUCCUUUGAUUGUGGCCAAACAGACGAGUCUGCCCAGGCUCUGCCUCCCCUCCCAGCUAGUGCAGGCCUCGGGCUGCACCUAAUUCUUUCCUUUCUCGGCUUCCCCUGCUCUUACCGGGACUUGUUUGGGGUUCCCAGGUCUUUAGGGCAUCUCAGGAAAUAGGCCAUAGCAAAUGGGGUACAUCAUCUUUUGGGGGCCAUAGGAAGCAGCUGUUUGUGGCAUUACUGGUCCCCCUUCCCUUCAUUCUCUGCCACUGGCUGCAAUGGCAUGGCCCUACUGGACGUCGCUCCAUAGGAUUUCUAGACAGCCAGUCCUGGGGCCUGCUGGCCAGGGCGAGCUAGGCCUCUGUCAUGGCAGCUGGGCACAUUGGUCUCUAGCUCAAUUCAUUACGACAAAGGCCUCUGUGGCACAAAGUGAACCAAGUAAUCAUCAGCGUGGGCAGAGCCAGAGAAAUAAGCCAGGAUGGUGCCUGGCAGAUCACCCUCCACAAACUCCUCACGGGAGCAGAUGCUUCCAACAUGACAGGGAGCUAGGGGGCAUCACGUCCACUCAAAUGGGCCUGUUGUUCUAGAAAAUAGUUUCUGCUGAGCUAAUCUGACCACCAAAAUCAUCCCUGAGGGGACUUCCAGUUCCAACAUGGGACAGAUAAGAUAACCUGAAAAUACUCCUGCUACAAACAGAAAUGCUGGCUCAAGUAGAAAUUCUUUUCAAUGCAAACCUAAAUUCACAGGAAGAGACAGAGAACUGCCAGGAGCUGGAGAACUGAAAACCCAAGUGGUCAGCAUGGGAACUGGCUGUGGCUGCUAGGGGUAGGAAGGGGUGUGCGUGGAUUGUUGCCCUUGAGUGUGAAUGUCCACACAAGUGUGAGAAAUAAGGCUCUGGCCAUGCCCCAUAGGAAGUUGGAAGUGGGACCUUGGGCAUAAAGCUGGCACCUUGAAGGCUUCAUCCUUCAUAAAGAGGUAAGCUAGAAAAAGUCCCCCUGCUUUUGGGGGAAAAGUUUCUAGAGAUGAGGGGAAACAGGUCCUGAGAGAAUUUGCAACCAUGCACAGGUUUGGGAUUCAGAUUUACACUGUGUCCAGGAACCCCAGCCUGAGGAAUUAGUGUAGAAAUUAGCCCAGAGAGGGGCGCUUGCGUGGCUCAGUUGGUUCAGCGUCUGACUUUGACUUGGGUCAUGA